AUGGUUAUUCAAAAAAUUGAAGAAAAAAUUGCAAAUUUAGAUUCAUUGGACAUUGGUUCACGUUUAGAAGAGCAAUUAAUUAAUGAAGAAAAGUUAAUGGGACAAUUAGGACUUAUUUUAUAUGGAUGUAUUGGUGAGGAAUAUCCGCAAGUUUUAGAAUGUAUUCUUGGAAUUCUUAAUGUUAUUUGUAUGGCUAAUAUAGCACCACCUAUUAAAGAUAUAUUAUCAAGAUUAACACCUAUCUUAAAAAUCAGGUAA